CCAACCUACACCUACACAAGAAGCACGGAUCAUCAACCAUGGCGUAUAGGAGCACAAAGUCAUUCGUUGCAUUCCUCUUGGUGUUACUGCUCUCAUGCAGUUCGAGCAGCGCAGCACGCCGCCUAGAGGAGGCUGUGCCCAAGGAGGAGCACCCACCACAUCCCACCGUGCCGGAGCUGCCAAAGCCAGAACUCCCACCACACCCUACUAUGCCCGAGCUGCCGAAACCCGAACUACCGCACUCGGCCAUGCCCGAGGUGCCAAAGGAGCAUGAAGUGCCGCACCCUGAAGUGCCGAAGAUGCCCACGGAGCAUGAAGUACCACAUCCCCUUGUGCCGGAGCUGCCGAAGCCUGAGCUGCCGCCACACCCUGCAAUGCCCGAGCUGCCAAAACCUGAACUACCGCAUACAGUUAUGCCUGCAGUGCCGAAGGAGCCAGAAGUCCCGCACACCGUCGUUCCAGAGGCACCAAAGGAGCACGAAGUACACCAUGAGCUUCCUAAACCCGACAUACCACAUCCUACCAUCCCAGAGGCACCAACGGAGCCCCAUGUGCCGGAGUUACCGCACCCUGCUGUGCCGGAGGUGCCAGAAUUGCCGCACCCAUCCAUGCCUGAGGUGCCGAAGCAUGAACUGCCACCAUUCCCCAAAGCCGAGCUCCACUUUCCAGAGCAGGAGGCUAAGCCAUGAUCGGACUAGGCAUAGUCCUACCGUCGGUUAACUAAGUUGUAUAUGUGUGUACGUGAUGCCUGUUUGUGUUAGUCAUGUGAAGCGUGUAGUAGUGUACAGGUCGUUACCCCUGUGCUCCAGUUCAUGAUGUGGGAGCGUUAUGUCCUAGGGUUGUUGCAUUCUGUAGCGGCUCAAUCUGUUCUUUUUUUUAUGUACACGAUGUUAUGAGUAAUAAAUGUAUUGUACUUUUUAUAUUUGGAUAUAUAUAAGUGCACCGUUAAACAUUUCUUAA